AAUUACUCUAACCGUCUAAACUGACACAAAUGCCCUUGCUUUCCCUUCCCCAACAAACCUUCUUCCUUUAUAGUCAAAAAACCCUGUCGAAAUUCACCAAAGCCCUUCUCUUUCUAUUCUCAAAAAUGUCUACAAACUCCAAUUCUUUCCAAAAUUACCCAACACCUCUAUCCCCUCCAUUGCCAUCAAUCUCUAAAGACAUAGAGCUUGCCAGAGCCAUGACAGCUUCUUCAAAAUCAAGCGUUUUUGGACUCUCAAGAAGUGAUAUUUUAUAUGACGAUGAGUGGCUCAUUGCUGUCAACAAGCCUCAGGGGAUUUAUUGUGAUAGCCUUCUGGCCUCUGUUCCUCGGAUUCUUGCUGACCCGGCCGACUCAGAUCGUCUCAGUGAAGGGAACCAAGCGAGCCCAUAUGAGCUCCAUCUGGCUAAUCGACUUGAUCGUGACACAAGUGGUGUCAUGGUUAUAACCAAGUCACACAAAGUAGCUGCUGUGCUUGUCAAAGCAUUUACUAAUCACAAGGUUCAGAAAACAUAUGUUGCUUUCUGCAUUGGUUCAGCUCCACAAUCGGAAAGAAUUACCAUCAAAUCAGGUCAUGGUCGAUCAAAGUUUGGAGCAUGGCGUGUGUAUGCUGCAGGAGAUGUUGGUCGAAAACUACCAGGUGGUUCCAUAGUUAGGGACAUGGAAACUACGUUUGAAAUAUUAUCAAUCAAUGGAAAGCGGAGCUACAAGGAGCCAUCUGAGCCUAUGAAAGAUGAAGAAAAUACUAUUAUAGUUGAAGAAAAAGCUGUUAUAGAUGUUGAUGCAAAGAAAGAUGAGAUUUUUGUCAGAGCAUUUCCUAGAAGUGGAAGAACUCAUCAAAUUCGAUUGCAUUGCCAAUAUCUUGGGAUUCCUAUUAGAGGCGAUGUGAAAUAUGAGGGUGUCUACGAGUGGAAAGGGAGAACAUAUGAUGCCCAUGAGCUUCAUGCAGAGAGCUUAUCUUUUCAGCAUCCAAUUACUGGUUUCCCUGUCCUGAUUCAAGCACCUCUGCCUUUGUGGGCUAGCCAAGUACUGCAGCUCGUAACAGAUUAAAGGGCAUCCUCUGCAUUCAUUCUGGAAACUUUUAGCUUUUGAAGAUCCCCAAGAAUAUGAUGAGGUGCUUUGAGGUAUGAUUAUUUCUCAAGAGGAAAAUUGGCAUUUCAUACAUUAUGCAUGUAAGAACCAUUCUAAUCAUUCUUAUGUGGCACAUUGUUAUAGCUGAUUUAUUCCUAUGAGCUACGUAGUGCUAUUUGCAGGAUUCCACGAUCCAACAUGUUUGCCAAUUUGCUGUGGUCUGUAAUGCCUCAAUUUUGAGCAUGAUUGAUCAGUUGUUCUUUGCAGCCCUUUCCUCACCUCAGCUCCCUUAGUCCCCGACCGAAUGGCUGAAUUUAAAUAUGUUUUUAAAUAAAUGGCAACACUAUUAAUUUGUGUAAUUGCUUCUUCUAUUUUCUUUUCCUUUUCAAAUCCGGGUCCGGAUUUAUUAAAAAAAUAAAGAAAAAAAAACCAUUCAAACGAAUGUGUAAAUUUGUAAAAAGACAUGAUCAAAAGGGUAAAGAAACUUCUUACAAUGUAUGGCUUAUCGGUCUUAUAUAUUCCUCCACUCAUUAUAUUAUUAUUUGACAGUGAUAUCCAAACAACUGAUUAGACAAUUGCAUGGCUUAAGUUCGUUGGUUUUUAAGAAUCAGAACUUUUAAUGUCUUUUGACUAAAUAGUAUGAUCUCACUCAAAUAUCAACUGAUGUAACAAAUGAACAUAUUUGUGUCAAAUCAAGGACAUUUUAUCUGAUGAAGAUGCUAAUUAAACAGGUAUAGAUGGUAGCUAGUAGAAGCGUGAUGGAAAAUGGUAUUCGUAAGGGCCAAUCAUUUGAAAAUGAAUAAAAGAUCAAGGACAAAAAAAUCCGCCCAUGGUAUUGUCUUGUAAGCAAGCACUGUUAAGCAAUUUGCCUAUCGUGAAGGAACAAAACAACUUUUUUCUGAGAAAAACAGAGCCACUUGUUUUAUGCAUUUUAUAUGGCUUAUAUAUGUGAUAAGGCAAGAAGGAUGAUCCAAUUGCCUGGCCUUGCUAUGUUAAACAAAAAGAUUUGGUGGUUAUCUUGAAAAGUUGGGAACUGCCUAAAAUCUAUAAAUUUCUACCAGAAACUACGUUCCCGUGAAGUAUGUCUGUUUCACCUCGAAUUGUAUUCGAUAUUUUGCUAGUUGGCUUGUCUAUUUCAAGGUUUUGACCCUCCUUGGACCUUCAAUGUGACUAGUUCUUUGGUUGUACUUUCUUUUCUCACUUUGUAAAGGAACUGUGGAAUUGUCAAAUCUGUAGGCUAGGCUUUUGAACUUCAAGCACGAUUCUUAUCUUGUAAAAGAAAAACAAUGCCGUGAAACUUUUGUUUUUUUUUUAAUGAUGGUUUUAAAAUUGUAAAACAAGUCCAACAUGGUGCUUUUAAAAUCACAGGAAAUUGUUUGUAUAAUAAAAUAUAAAAUCAAGAAUUCUGACUUUCUCCCCUUGCUUUAGUCAUGUGAGUUAAAACUAAAAUUAGAUGGAGAAUUACAGUUUUAGUUCGAAUUGAAUGACAGCUAAAAGUUGAAUAAGCUCAAGCAAAGUGAAUCUUCUUCAUGUGUUCUGAUAUGGGUUAGACUUGCAUUGUUAUCAUCGAAUUUUAUGGCUAGGCAUGUGUGAAACUUCUUGGUUAAGCAAAGUAAAGUUUGCACAGAAAAUACAUGUUUUCCCCUCUUUCAAUAUUGAUUCUGAAAGACUAAACAAAACUAAAAAAAUGUAUGAAACUAUCUUGAGAUUAAUUUUUGGCACAUGAAUAUCCAAAUGGUUUUUGCUCAAAUUUAACUUAGAUUAAAUUCAAAUUAAAUUAGAUAUUGGAGUGAUAAUUAAUGACUCAAAAUGCAAUAUGACUUUGGCAAUUUGACACAGCCAAGCUGAUGUUGGCAGCAGAUUGGUUUGGGUUAAAAUAAUCAGAGAGAAAGUUACCCACGUUUAACAUCAAUUAUUAUACAUUGAAUCAAGCCAUCCGUUUUAAUUAUCUAGCUACAUAUCUAUAUUCAAAUGGUGGAUAUUAAUAUUUUUUUUAUUCUUUUUUCUGGUUCUGUUUGUUGUCAAGUGGACAAUUAGUAACAAUAUACUUUGAAUCCAUCAAAACCCAUUGAUCCAAUUCUCCUUAAGUGCUGUUUUAAUCCAUGUUUUUGUUCUGAUGUACACAUCAAGUAAAUAUUAUUAUUUUGAUCUUAUCUCCCCACAU